AUGUCUGAAACACAGAGCCAAGCCAUAACCCCGGGCCGGCAAAUGGCCCAAUUUGGUGGAAAUUCCAUCUUGGGUGUCAAUUUCGAAACCACUUCGAGAUACUCCCAACUAGAGGCCAUUGGGCUGGGUGCUUCCGGUUUAGUCUGUUCUGCAAAGGAUCAAAUCUCGGGAAAAACCGUUGCCAUCAAGAAGCUUACGGAGCCCUUCAAAACUGGGAACAUUGCAAAGCAUAUGUUCAGAGAAGUGAAGCUCCUCAAAGAGCUUAAACAUGACAAUAUUAGCCACUUGAGUGAUAUCUUUAUCUCCCCGGCGGAAGAUAUCUAUCUCGUGACAGAACUCAUGGCUACGGAUCUUCACACGCUCUUGAAGACCAAAAGGCUUGACGACCAAUUCACUCAAUAUUUCCUGUACCAAAUGAUGCGUGGCUUGAAAUAUGUUCAUUCCGCUGGAGUCGUCCACCGCGAUCUGAAACCAAGCAACAUAUUGGUUAACGAAAACUGUGAUUUAAAAAUUUGCGACUUCGGCCUUGCUCGUGUACGAGAGAGUCACAUGACUGGAUAUGUUUCGACCCGAUAUUACAGAGCCCCUGAAAUCAUGCUUACUUGGAAGCGGUAUAACGAAAAGGUGGAUAUCUGGAGCGUUGGCUGUAUCUUUGCAGAGAUGAUUCUAGGCAAACCGCUGUUUCCGGGGAAGGAUCAUAUUGAUCAGUUCUGUGUGAUCACACAGUUGCUUGGGAGUCCGCCCGACAAUCUGAUUGCCAAUGUCACCAGCUCUAAUACAUUGAACUUUGUUCGUUCAUUACCUAAGAGAGCCCAGAAGCCUCUGUCGAGUCUUCUUCCUACUGCAAAUGCUAAAGCCGUCACACUGUUGGAGAAAAUGUUGCAAAUAGAUCCAGAAAAGCGCUGUUCUGCCGAAGAGAGCUUGACAGCAGAAUAUCUUGCACCGUAUCAUGAUCCAACUGAUGAGCCGGAGGCAGAUGAAAAGUUUGAUUGGGCUUUGGUUGAAGCUGACUUGCCAACUGACGUCUGGAAAACGAUCAUGUACUCCGAAGUUCUUGCGUACCAUGACGGCGCAGGAGUUUCGGCGCCCUCACGGGCGCCCACGAUCAAAUCGGACGAUAUGGAUUUGAGUUGA